AUGCACUUCCUCGCAAAGGUCCUCCCGCUGGUCCUAGCCCUAACAGGGUCUACAGCCGCCGCGGCUGUCGAUGUCUCGCCAAGGGCCACCCGCAAGACCUGUGUCGUGAAGCCGCGCGGUGACCAGAAGAACGACGUCCCCAACAUCCUCCGCGCGUUCCGGAAAUGCAAUAACGGAGGCCGAAUCGUCUUUCCAGAGGGCGAGACGUACUGGAUUGCUGAGCGGCUGAAUCCGCAUGUGCGCGACGUGACGAUUGAGUGGAAGGGGACGUGGUUGUUCUCCGACAACCUCACCUACUGGCGCGAGAACUCGUUCCCAAUCGCGUUCCAGAACCACGCGGCUGGCUUCGUCCUCUCCGGCAGCGGGAUCACGAUUAAUGGACACGGGACAGGAAGUAUCAACGGGAACGGAGAUCUGUGGUAUGAAGACGAGAAGGGCGUUACGAAAGUCGGGAGGCCGAUGCCCUUUGUCUUCUGGAACGUGUCCGACGUCCAGGUCUCCAACUUCGCCAUCGACCAGCCCCAGCUCUGGUCGAUCAACAUCAUGAACGGGACUGACAUGACCUUCCGCGACAUCCGUGUGACGGUUAACGAGACCGCCGCGCCCGCCGGUGCGAAUUGGGCGCAGAAUACGGAUGGGUUUGACACAAUGGAUGUCCGAAACAUCCGCCUGGACGGCUUCACAUUCACCGGUGGCGAUGACUGCAUUGCGAUAAAGCCGCGUUCGUACGGGGUCCACAUCUCGAAUGUUACGUGUAAUGGCGGGAACGGGGUUGCGAUUGGGAGUCUGGGACAGUAUCUGGAGGAUUCGAGUGUGGAGGAUGUGGUUAUUGAGGAUGUGAGGACUCUGAACACCCGCUUCGGCACAUAUAUAAAAACCUGGAUGGGCGUCCUCGUCCCACAAGACAACUACGAAUCCGACUACCAGCCUCGCGGGGGCGGCUGGGGCUCUGUGCGGAACAUAACAUUCUCCAACUUCGACGUUACGGGGUCUUCGCGCGGAAUGCUCAUUACACAGGAUAACGGGAACAACGGGUCCUUCAAAGGCACGAGCAAGAUGCAGAUUUCGGACGUGCUCUUUGAGAAUUAUACCGGGACUCUAGGGUCGAGUUCCAACACGGCGAGUAUCAGCUGUAGUUCGGUGAAUCCGUGCUCGGGGAUUGAGUUUCGGGAUAUGGACUUUGUGGAUACGGAUGGGGAUACAGUGGUGGGGAGUUGUAAGUGGUAUGCUGCCGGGGGGAUUACGGGGUUGGCGGGCUGUUGA